AGCGCAAUAAUGAGCUAACGCGAGGUGUGUGUCGACAAGGUCAACUGAAGCUUAGCUACUUUGUCUAAACUGGCUUUACAUUUUAGUAUUAUUUAGCAAUAAUCUCUGUUUAGAAACAUGUUUUGCCAGUUUAUUUGAGUUUGGGACGUCUACCGAGUUUGGGAAUGAAGAGAACACAGGUUGCAUAUUUUGUCUGAACCCAGCGAGUGAUGAAGUUCCAAAAGUACUCCAUCCAAAAGCAAGCAUCUAAAGUCAAAGUGACUGCUGGCAGUUUAGAUGUCCAUCCCACAGAGAAGGCCCUUGUGGUCCACUAUGAGGUGGAAGCGUCUAUACUGGGAGAGGGUGGAGGUCAUGUGCUGGGCGAACGAAAGGAGGGACAAAAAAUUAUCCGAGUGAAAAGUCUUUCUCCUAGUACAGAUGUGGGAGCUUUGGCCAGGAAAGUGGUGGAGGAGUGUAAACUCAUCCCUUCUUCCCGUUUGCCCCAGGUGGAGCAGCUCCUCUACUACUUGCAGAACAGGAAAUCAUCCCCCGUGGAGGGCAAAAUGGAGAAGAAAGAGAAAAGAACUGCGAAACCUAGGGACCUGACUCCCUUUGAAGGAAUGGAGUUAAAUGAGGAAGCCAGUAUAACCAGAGUGGAUGAGUAUAUUGAGCUGCUCUAUGAAGGCAUCCCAGAGAAGAUCAGAGGCUCUGCUCUCAUUCUGCAGCUCGCCCGCAACCCUGAUAACCUGGAGGAGCUGCUACACAAUGAGGCAGCCUUAGGUGCUCUGGCCAGAGUAUUGAGGGAGGACUGGAAACAGAGUGUCGAGCUUGCUACCAUCAUCAUUUACAUCUUCUUCUGCUUCUCCAGUUUCGCCCAGUUUCACGGAGUGGUGAGUCAUUAUAAAAUAGGUGCGUUGUGUAUGAGCGUGGUGGAGCAUGAGCUGAAGAGACAUGAUGUGUGGCGUGAGGAGCUACGCAAGAAAAACAAGGCUUGUGAGUCGGCACCAGAGAAUGGCUCCCUAAGAAGAGACCAGGACAAAGCUGUGAGAAAAUACCAUGGCCUUCUGUCCAAACAGGAACAGCUGCUCAGAGUGUCUCUUUACCUCCUGUUGAACCUUGCUGAGGACACUAGGACGGAGCUGAAGAUGAGGAAUAAAAACAUUGUCGGGCUGCUCGUCAAAGUUCUUGAACGGGAUGACGAGGAGCUGCUGGUCCUGGUGGUUUCAUUCCUCAAAAAACUGUCCAUCUUCCUGGAGAACAAGAAUGACAUGGCUGAGGUGGAUACUGUGGAACGAUUGGCGCGUCUUGUUCCCUGUGACCACGAAGACCUGCUGAACCUGACUCUGCGUCUGCUGCUCAACCUCUCCUUUGACUCUGGACUCCGAGCCAAGAUGGUGGAAGUUGGACUGUUACCUAAAUUGACUGCCUUGCUGGGUGAUGAGAACAACCGUCAGGUAGCCAUGCGUAUCCUGUAUCACAUCAGCAUCGACGACCGCUUUAAGGGCAUGUUUGUUUACACUGACUGCAUACCUCAGCUAAUGCAAAUGCUGUAUGAGCACGGUGAGGAGGAAACCGAAGCUGAGCUCAUCUCCAUCUGCAUCAACCUGGCUGCAAACAAGAGGAAUGCACAACUCAUGUGUGAAGGAAACGGGUUGAAGAUGCUCAUGAAGAGAGCUCUGAAGAUGAAAGACUGCCUUCUGAUGAAGAUGAUCAGAAACAUCUCACAACAUGACGGACCAACCAAAUCAGUGUUCAUAGACUACGUCGGUGACCUGGCAGCAGAGAUCCGUGCAGAGGAAGAGGAGGAGUGGGUUCUGGAGUGUCUGGGCACGCUGGCCAACCUCACCAUCCCUGACCUGGACUGGGAGUUGGUGCUGAAGGAGUACAACCUGGUACCCUACCUAAAAGACAGACUUAAACCAGGCUCAGCAGAGGAUGACCUCAUCCUGGAGGUGGUGAUAAUGAUUGGAACAGUUUCCAUGGAUGACGCCUGUGCCGCCAUGUUGGCUAAAUCUGGCAUUAUUCCUGCCCUCAUCGAGCUACUGAAUGCCCAACAGGAGGAUGAUGAGUUUGUGUGUCAGAUCGUCUACGUCUUCUACCAGAUGGUGUUUCACCAAGCUACACGAGACGUCAUCAUCAAAGACACCCAGGCUCCAGCCUACCUCAUAGAUCUGAUGCAUGACAAGAAUGCCGAGAUCAGAAAAGUGUGUGACAACACCCUCGAUAUUAUUGCUGAGUACGAUGAAGAGUGGGGGAGGAAAAUUCAGUCAGAGAAGUUCCGUUUCCAUAACAACCAGUGGCUGGAGAUGGUCGAGAGUCGCCAAGCUGAUGAGUCUGAACCAUAUCUCUACGAUAACGAUAACGACAACGACAGGACUGAUCUCUUCUAUAGCGCAGAUGGAAUAACUCCUGCAGACGGUUCAGUCAGCCCAGAUUUCUUCAAUGACCUACAGCCUCAAAAUGGAGACUUGCUCCAUACAGGAGAUGGCAACGAUGUCUUUGACCAGACCAGCUCAUCCCCUGGACGACCAGCUACUGCCUAUGGCUUCAGACCUGAUGAGCAACCCUUCUACCAGUACUCAUAGACACACACACACAGGACGUCCUGUCAUCUUAGAUCCAUUCCCCCAUCCACCUCCUGCAUGUCCAGAUAGAUUUAAUUUUCACUGAGAAAUGUUCUGCCCUCAUCCUAAAAUUGCCCUAAAUCAAUACUUCCUUGAUUUAUUAAUGAAGCGGUUGGUGAGUUGAAGCCGCAGCGUUGUGUGUGUGUUUGACCAACCAGGGACGGUCAUCCCUGCAAACCCCACCUCGAAAGUUCCUAUACUUUCAGAAAGCACUACCCUCCAGUCAGGGACUUUUUUGGGGGGUAAAAUAAUGUCCCUGGAACUUCAUUUAAUCCCUGGUCCCUGCGGGCUAAACGCAACGAGUUUCUCAGAAGGUUCCUGGUCCCUGCGGAAAGUUCCUGCGGCCUAAAAGAGCAUAAGACAUUGAUCAAAAAGGCUGAAAUACAAAAUACUAAUGAGGACUGAAACGCUACCACUGCAGAUUGAACUAGUUAUUAAAUAAACUUCAGUUCCAUGCAGUCACCUUUCAUUACCCAUUUUAUUCAUUCACCAUUAUGUUAGACCGAUAAGUAGUUGUCUUCCUUAUCCACUGGCUACAGUCUUCUUAUAGUGAGUUGCCAGUGGGUCAGCAAAUAAUUUAAAGAAUGUGAACAGGCUUAACAUUUCUAAUAUAUGUUGAUACUAGGGCUGUCAAUCGAUUAAAAAAAAUUAACUAAUUAAUCGCACAAUUUGCUGUAGUUAAUCGCGAUUAAUCGCGUUUUUAAA